AUGGCAGUAGCUCGGUAUGAGAUAGAAAAAUUCACAGGGAAUGGGGAUUUUCAACUCUGGAUGAAUAGAAUUCAAGAAGCCCUGGCUUUUCAAAAGGCUUUAAGAGCAAUUGAGGAUCCUAAAACUUCGCCUACAGCUAUCACUGAUGAAAAAAAGCAGAAUAUGGAAGAAGUAGCUUAUGAAGCACUGAUCUUGAACAUUUCAAAUAGUGUUCUUAGGCAAGUUAUUAGUGAAAAUACAACUUAUGAAGUUUGGGAGAAGUUGAAGAAGCUCUACCUGAAGAAGGAUGUACCUAACAAGCGCUAUGUUAGAGAGAAGUUGUUUUCUUUCAAGAUGAAUGCUUUGAAAUCCUUAGAUGCCAAUCUUGAUAAGUUCAAGAAACUCGCCAUUGAGUUUGCUCAAAUGGGGAUAAGCUUGGGGGAGGAUGAUGAGACAACCAUCGUGAUAUACUCUCUCCAUGAGAGUUACAAAGAUGUGAAGGCAACUUUGAAGUAUGGCAGGGGAUUCAAUUUUUAUUGA